CACCAUGCCUGCCCUCAGACCUCUCGUGAAACCUAAAAUUGUCAAGAAGAGGACCAAGAAGUUCAUCCGCCAUCAGUCCGAUCGCUAUGUCAAGAUCAAGCGCAACUGGCGUAAGCCGAGGGGUAUUGACAACAGAGUUCGCAGGCGGUUCAAGGGUCAGAUCCUGAUGCCCAACAUUGGCUAUGGCAGCAAUAAGAAGACAAAGCACAUGCUGCCCACAGGGUUCAGGAAGUUCCUGGUCCACAACGUCAAAGAGCUGGAAGUGCUUAUGAUGAGCAACAAGUCAUACUGCGCAGAGAUUGCUCACAACGUGUCUUCUAAGAACCGGAAGGUCAUCGUGGAGAGAGCCGCUCAGCUCGCCAUCAAGAUCACCAAUCCCAAUGCCAGACUGCGCAGCGAGGAGAAUGAGUAGACUGGCUUCUGCAUCCAAGGUGUAUUUAAUAAAGUAUAAAACCAAAC